UCAUCGUGCCACACGUCAGCACCUGUGCGCCAUCUGUUCUCCUUCUUCGCGUAUUUGUUAUGUGAUGUGGAGAGUGGAUCGUUUCAUGUGAAAAAAAUUAUCUUUCGAUUAAUCGCAGGACACACGGCGUUUCGGGAUCGCUCGUCAGAAUGGUACUCAUCGCCGCUGCGGUAUGCACCAAAGCAGGAAAGACCAUCAUCUCUCGACAGUUUGUCGACAUGACAAAGGCAAGAAUAGAAGGCCUACUUGCUGCGUUUCCGAAGUUGAUGAGCUCGGGUAAGCAGCAUACAUUUGUGGAGACUGAAUCUGUCAGAUAUGUGUAUCAGCCUCUUGAAAAAGUAUACAUGCUGCUCAUCACCACUAAGGCCAGCAAUAUUUUGGAGGACUUGGAAACCUUGAGGCUCUUCGCAAGAGUGCUCCCUGAAUAUUGCAACUCGAUGGACGAACUUGAAAUAGCAGAGAACGCGUUCAAUUUGAUAUUCGCAUUUGACGAGAUAAUCACAUUGGGCUACAGGGAGAGCGUUAAUUUGGCACAAAUCAGGACCUUUGUGGAAAUGGACUCGCACGAAGAGAAAGUUUAUCAAGCGGUCAGGAUGACGCAGGAACGCGAAGCUAAGAAUAAAAUGCGCGAAAAGGCCAAGGAAUUGCAGAGACAACGAAUGGAGGCUAACAAAAAGAGCGUCAAAAGUCCCGGAUUUGGCGGAGGAUACGGAAGCGGCGGCGUGCCGACCGCCGCGACUGUUGGUGAUUCAGCUAACUUUGUGCCUGAGCCGAUUAGACCUUCCUACAAGCCCAAGCAGAAACCAUCGGUCAACGCUGGACCAGGUGCCAUGAAAUUGGGCGGCAAAUCUCGUGACGUGGACUCCUUCGUUGAUCAAUUGAAGGAAGAGGGGGAAAUCAUUAUAUCAGGAGUCAUUAAUGCUCCUGGAGCCAAACUGGCGCCGAUCACGCCUCAGAUAAUGAACACAGAAUUGGUUCACCUGAGACAAGAGGAAAGACUCAACGUGCGUGUCGGUCGGGAUGGAGGUUUGCAACAUUUCGAGUUACACGGCCUGGUAACGUUACAUAUCUCCGACGAGAAAUGGGGACGUAUCCGCGUGCAGCUUGAAAACAGGGAUACGAGAGGCAUUCAGUUGCAAACCCAUCCGAAUGUAGACAAGGAAUUGUUCAGAACGCGUGGGCAAAUUGGUUUGAAAGUGCCUACGAAACCAUUCCCGUUGAACACCGACGUCGGCGUCCUGAAGUGGCGUUUGCAGGCACAAGAUGAAACAGCAUUGCCGAUUUCGAUAAACUGCUGGCCUUCCGAGAACGGAGAGGGCGGCUGCGACGUGAAUAUCGAGUACGAGUUGGAACAAGCCGAUCUUGAGUUAAAUGACGUCCAGAUAAAUAUUCCUCUGCCUAUGGGAUGCAAUCCUAUCGUCGGUGAAUGCGAUGGGCAAUAUGUACAUGAAGCACGACGAAACAUGUUAGUCUGGUCCCUACCGUUGAUCGACGCUUCCACAAAAUCUGGCUCGAUGGAAUUCUCGGCUCCCUCCUCGAACCCUGCGGACUUUUUCCCACUUCACGUUUCUUUUUCAUCUAAAACCCCGUAUGCCAAAAUUAAGGUUAGCGAAGUUUUGCUUGUAGAAGACGAGAGCCCUGUUAAGCAUUCAGUAGAAACCGUGUUCUUUACUGAUAAUUAUGAGGUCGUAUAAGAUACAGCGAAUGAUAGAUGAAGUAUUUGAAUACAUAAAAAUGUCAAAAGAAAGAGAGAGAGAGAAGAAGAUGCCCAUUUUUUUUUUUAACAGGAGGUUAAAUAUAUAUGCGAUCAGUGAUGGAAAUUGAUUAUCGUUUAAUUUUCUAAUUUUAUUGCCAUACAAUCAUUCCUCUUAUAUGAUCAAUGAAGAUAUGUUUGUUGGUACGCGUCGUGCGGUAUUUAUGUACUGUAUCGAUUUAUUGCGGAUAAUGAUUAGCUAUAUCUGAUGCCGAAUACUUAUAUAAGUUUGUAUAAAAACAAGAGAAUUAUAUUUUAAUUAGAAAAAUUGGAAACUAUAUCAUGCAUUGUAAGCCAAAUUUUGUCGUUUUUACUUUUUAUUCAGUAUGUAUUAUUCAGCAUAUCUUAGCGAGAAAUAGCAUACGCAAUUGGACAGAAAAAAUUGUAUUAUUACCAAAUAUAUAUAUAUAAAAUUUUGUUA